CUCCUGCUCAACCAGGUUGGCACUAAGAAGCCGUCGAGACUAUCACCGUCAAGCGAGACCAGCAUCGUGUGUUGUUAUAACUUGUUUUUCGUUUCCAAAGAUGUAGAUUCAAAUAUAUUUCGUAGCAUUUCGUUUUCUUGGCAGAACAUUACCAAAGCGUGAAACCUUCGAGAGCUUCAAGAGGCUGUGAAAUAAUUUUCUAUCGGAGAAAGUCUUGUUUCAUUUCGAGAGUUGUCAGUUCCGGGAUAGUCGCGUUAAACAGUAGCUCAACGGGCCGUUGCUUUCGCUUAUUUUUCCCUUUCUGGGAGCUGGAAAAUCGAUUUGAGGAGUUUGGUUGAGUUUUAAUUGGACUGUAGAGGGUCCUCAGUGUAUGGAUAUGGUUGUCAAGAUUAUGCAGGCCCGCUUUCCCUCUCAAUUUGACCAAGAAAAGUACUCUACUCCUUUGUUUAAGAAUUUACGGGAGAAGGCAAGGAAGAGAACUGCUCACGAAGCGUUUUCUAAAACUGCGGACGCCCUCGAUGAUCUUGAACUAGCUCCUAGGAUUAAACGUGUCGUUCGGCGGCCACCGCCUGCCUUAACGAUAUAUGUACGCAGAGAGAGCGAGAAAGCGUACAAUGCUAUAAUGCUGGAAGAAGUAACAGUCGAAAGUUUAAAACUGGCGUUGUCUGAGAAGUACGGCACUCCGUCAGAUUCAAUCACGAGUUUCGCUCUUCGAUGCAAAGAAGGGUAAGUUGAAUUUAAUCUCGUUAGAGAGUGGAGAUUUCACGAUCUUAGUCCUAAAUCAAAAAUGAAAGGCAGGAAGUGUGUACGAAGGGGAGUAUCGAAGUUGUUUAUUUUUAGUAUACUUACGCAUGCUAGAUGAUCGUAUGUGCACGAGUUUACGAUAUUUUCCCCUCGUGAGCUGUCGCUAGUUUUUGCUCGAAACAGCUGACCGUGUUUAGUUUGUGUUAGAAGUCAUUUUGCUUACUUUGUUGUUCAGUUCUGCAAGGUGAACUAUUGAGACGUAAAAGAUUUGCAUUCUCUCCAUAUUAGUCGUAGCGAGUUUUGCGAAACAAUAGAUUCGAUUUUCAUUUAUAUUGCAUACUUCAAGGGUUUUGAAUUUAUUCGAAAAAUAAAGCAUUGAUUCUCAUCCUCCCUUUCAAUGUACGAGGCGCUUCUGAAGCUUAUUUUGCGUGUUUGCUGUCAUGAUUUUUAUGGCGUAUCUUUCGCUUCACUCGCGUUUGCCGGCCUGGGUUAGCUCAUAGUUCAUGUUUCUUGGCACGUGGUAACUUGUUAUUCCAGUUUCUAACCGGUUUAUUUACUCCUCCAUUCAUUUCUUCGAUCGAUGAGUAUUUCUUUCAAAUUCUGAGUUUGGCUUUUUGAAGGUUUUUCUUUUUUGUUAGUACUUUUGGUUCGACUGAUUAAAUCUUGUUUACUGUUGCAUUUACUCGUCAAAGCUGAUUGUCGUGUUGAUCCGGUUGAAAGGAAUGAUUCCCAGAACUCGUUACCCUUGUCAUGCUAUUAUAUUCGCUUGUGGCUUUGUUGUUGACGUUAAUUGUAAAUUAUUUCAUGAAAAAGGCUUUUAUUUAUCUUAAUGAAUCGUCGAGAUUUUUAUGUCAAGGGAGUGAAAUCGUGACAGUGCAAGUUUUUUUUUUACUGUUGUUGUUUUUAAUUCCAUCAACAAUAACCGACAACGAGAUCUCAACGGGUUUUUUUGGAAUGUUUCUUUUGAGAGUUCAAAGUUCGUUUGGUUCUGUGCAUUGUUUAGGUGUUUGUGUCGUUAUUUUCUAAGUGAAGGCCAACCAUUUAAUACAAUUUCUAAAUUAUUGUCCCAUAAAUUUUCAUCAAAAUUUCACGCUUACUUCAGUUCUUGGUCUUCAGAUUUUAACAAUUAACAUUAAAAGUUUGUUUACAACGUCUAACUAUUUUGAUUUUUCUUCUUAAUGUGACAGUAGUUUUGUCUUCUUUUUUGUUGUGAACAAAUUCCACAUUUUGGAAUACAGUAACUACGUUUUUAAAACUUCUUGAAGGUUUAUACCCUCAGUAUUUGCGUAGGGUAAGAUUUGGAACUUUUUGGCCUUGUCUCAGCAUGUUUGUACUGACUAUACAAUAGUUUUCAAUGAACCCCUUCCCUUGCUUCCUGCCUUUUAUUGCAAUUAGAUAUAAAUUGUAUAAUUGGAAAAUGCCAAAGUGAUGUCUUUUCUACUCUGACAACAACACUGUUUUUGACAUGUUGUUAAAAUUUUUAAAAUUUACACUGUCAUAAUUUGGGAGAUGUUAGUUUGCCCGGCAAAUUGUUCUUGUUUCAUGCAGUAGAAGAGUAUCAGUUUGGUACAAUAGUAAAAGUUAUUUUUACCUAGUGCUAUUCACAGCAUGGCUCAUGUGACAUGGCCAUUUGGAAAAAAAUGAAAAAUAUAUGUAUUUGCUUCUGCGAUAUUUCAAAGGAAGGUUGUUGUGGCUUAUUUGACUUUUGUUUUCUUUGUGCCAUUCUGUGAAUAAGAUCUGGAUUAAAAGGGAUUAAUGGAGCAAGUUGGGGCUGUUUGUGUGCAUAUUUGUGGUUAAUUGACUUAACAGUGCUAAACCAUGAUUGUAAUGGAAUUAGUGUUGAUGCUUAAAUGUUUUAGUAAGCCAUGUGUAUAAGUCUGUUUGUCAUUGUACUGUAUUUUUGACAUGUGUUUAUUGACCGCUGGGGGUAUUGGAAGGGUUGGAAUGAGUAAAUAGUACACAUUUCAAUAUCCCACCAUUUAAUUUCUGACUUUGUGAUGCAACCCGACAUGUAUACUUAAAUGUGUCCCACAAACAAGUAUCAUUGCACAAAGUAGCAUUGACAUGGACUUCAUAAAUGACAAACUGGGCAAAUUCAAUUAGGAUGAUCUGUUUUGUUUCAUGUCCCCAUUGUUUUGAAUUUCAAGGUUGCAGUCUGGCAGGUCAUGCGCUAAUUGGGAUAUUGACUUGUAUAAUUUAUCCAUGCUCAGUGGUAUACUUUAAUCUGGGAAUAUAAUCCUUUUGAUUGUUGCUGUUUUGAUUGUAGCUAAUGUUCCUCCUCAGUGCAAGGCUGACUGGUACAGUACACAGUUUGUUAGCUUUGAUUUAUGUUCCUUCACUGCAUUUAGCAUGGUUUACUCUAGUCCAAAAGUAUGAAAAUAAAUUUCUAGUUAUUAAUAUUUGGGCUGGGGUCACACUUACCCUGGCAUCAUUCCAAGCUGUGGCUCACAAACAUUCUUCUUGCUGUUGAUUGUAUAACAUAAACAUAUAAGCCAUCUUAAACAGGUACAAAUUCAAUUGUUGUGGUUUUGCAAAGUCAGGCCUAAUUUCUUACACAGCUUCUGUGUAUUUAGUAUAAAUCUAAACUCCAUAUCAAAAUUUUGUAGGGUAAUAAAUUGUUAAAUUUAAAUGAAAGACUCUGGUUUUUGAAGAAACAAAGACAAAAUUAUCUCUACCCUAAACUUUGCUUGUUUUGUAAAGUAGUGUACUUAGAUGCAGUAAAUGAACUGAUAAAUAAAAAUAACCCAGGAAAUAACCAGAAGAGAAGAGGAUUGAAGGCUUUGACACACAUUUGAAAUUGCCAACUUUCCAUCUGUAAACAAUAGUUCAAGGGAGGUCUGAGGUACGAAAUGUUUAUGAAUACUCAAUUUUGGUUGAAGUGAACAUGGACUUCCAAGUUAUACAGGGUUUUUCCGAAAAAUAAGCUGUCAUAUCUAAUUGUAGAUGAAAAUACAGAAGAAUUUUUUUUGAUGGGUUGACUCAGUAAUUUUAUUUCACUUUGGAGUGCAGAAAUUUAACAUAAAAUUAUGUCAUAUCUAACAAAGUAAAGGAUGUAGAAUGAUGCAGGUGGCACAGUUUGGUAUUGUGGAAUUUUUUGAUCGAUUGUUCUGAAGUGUGACCCCAGCCACUAGAAAAAAUGAUUGAAAAAUAGUCUUUGCAGUAUGGUGAUUUUGCUUGGUUCUCAAAUUGAGACCAUCAAUCCAAGCAGGCAGGUACUCUUUGAGGAGAUAUUUUCAAACCAGGAAAGUUAUUUCCUUGCUCCCAAUUCAUUUUACGGCAUCCUGUUUUCUUUUUGAAAUUGUGAUGGCCUUGGUUUCCUCAAUAACUGAGAGCACUAGAGGAAAAUAGACAAAGUGACACAACAGUUUGGAAUCUAGUUUUACUGCGGAAUUGCAUGGUGAAUGUAAAUAGGUUUUGUACGUUAGUUUAUUGUUUGAAUUUUGCAGCAACUGAGUGGGCACAGUUGGUAGGGCCUCCUGGACGUCUGCAGAUGGAGUUUUGCACACCUUCGAAGUUGCAGGGUAGCAUAACAUUUAACAGAAUUUUAAAAGAACGCUAGCCAUACCAAAGCAAUUUUAUUGUAAAAAUCUCAAACCAAUCUCAAAGAAAUCUGUUUCUAUUGUUGCUAUCUAAUUGUUGGUCAUGAGUAGUCCAAAAGAACUUAUGUUGUUAGUAUCUGUUAAUUUUGCUGAAGGGAGUUUUAACAUUAUAUACAGUUUGAAUGGAAAAGGAAAAAAGAAAGAACAUUCAGGAACAUUUUCUGAUUGACUAUUCCAGACAUAAUGUGGAAGCCAACAUAAAUCUGUAAUUGGCUUUCAGAACUGCAGUUUUACAUGAAAUUCUUCCCUUUGCAAGCUUGGCAGUUGAGAAGUAUACAUUGAUAUAAUGUUAAACUCCACUUAAUUGCACUUUUGUGUCAAAAGUCAAUGCUGCAAGGGUUCACAGUUUGUAGUGCUUCAUAUCCAUUGAGGUAGACAUGGUUACAAAAGUCUUGAAGGGACUCAAAUAAGACUGAAUUUGUACACUCUUGUUUGUCUGCUUUGAUGAUUCUGUUUGGAUUUCUUGAAGAAAUCUAACCUCUAUAACCUUUCACUCACCAAAAAAGAUCAUGUUAUCAAACAGAAGUCCUAUUUAUUUAAAUUUUUGUAACAGUGUCUGUCUCAGGAGUGGUUCUUGUCAGAACUUAAGUAGCUUGGUGUGCAAGUGAUAGUGUGUUGUCAUUGUGAUGGUUGGGGGAGAAUAUUGUUUCAUGUUGCUUUGUGUGGGCUUUGAUCAAACUGCGCUUGAAUACAAGAGCAAGUGACAAAUAGCAUAUUUACAAGCUAUCUGUGAUCCUACCUCCUGUCAUUUUGGUUAGCCAGAUACAGUUUGUUUUGUUGGCUUGGUUUAAAAUUUAUUUUCUUGACUAUUUUGCUCUUGAAGUGACAAGUGGUGAGGUUUUAAGCAAUAGUAAAUUUUAGUUGCUGCUCUUUUGGUUUAUCAGCAAUGUGUUUGCUAUAGUUUCUUGCCCUUGUAUUAAGAUUCAGUGGGAGAUAACAGUGCAUAGAAUAUUGUUUGUCUAAUACAGCUUUUCUUAUGUGACAUAUAAUUUUCCCUCAAUCUGGCUAAAUAAAUACAAACAUUACAUAAUAUGUGAAAUUUAUUUGAAACCAAUCAGUUCACUGUAAAACAAUAUGUAAAAAAUUAAAGCAGCAAAAUUUCACAGGGUGAAAUUUUAAAUUUUGACACCCAGUCUUCUAUGCACAGAUGUGAUGUUGCAUGAUUGUUUUGUACUGAUGUAUUCCUUCUACAGUCUCAUUUUACAAAUGAUAGAAACAUUACUCUAAACCCUUUGCUUUGUGAUUAUUAUCUUGUAGGACUGCCUCGGAAAUUGAUGAUAAAGCUGUGGAGGCCUUUGUCGAUGAGGAUGAUUUUAUCAUAUCCUUAGACUACAAUGAAAAAAUGGGAGUUUGCAGUGUAGUCUUGGAGACAUCAAGCUGACAAAUAGUGUUGGAGGUUCAUGACCUGGUUUUCUACUUUGCCAAGUUGGAGGACAUAAUUUACAAGUUAUAUUGACUUUGCAUAUUUUGUGGAAGUUCACUGCUAGUUAUGUCAACAAGGAGAAAUAUAUAUACAGUAUGUUUCUUUGUGAUAUAAGUUGAUUGUAAGAGUGGAAUUUCUCUGUAACAUGGUGUUCAGGAGGUUUUUCUUUUCUGGAGUAACUUAUUACUAUGAGGAAUUUUCAAUCAUGCAACUCUGAUAAUAUAUCUAGCAUAACUUAACCCUUUAACUCCCAAGAUCUGAUCAUCAAUUCUCCUUUCAAGCUGUUGCAAAUUUCCUUGUGAAUUAGUUCUAGGCUGUCAUUUUGACUUGCUGCCAAAUUUGUCUUCCUAAUUUACAAGAAAUUUAAGUUUAAUAGAGAAUUUCAGUUCUCAUCUUUGUAGUUUAAGGGUUAGAUUUGAUGUACUCUCCUGAUAGGGAGCAAUAUUUGUGGCAUAGGACAUGCCCAUAUGACAAGAUUUGUAAUUUUUAUUUGUAGUAAAAUAUUUCCAGUACAUUUUCUGGAUAAGAUUGUAUAUUUGUACUAAGAUAUACUAUAUCAUGGGGAGAGAGUUGUUUUGUAAUUUAUUUCAUCGCAAAAAAUCAACAAAAGUUAAGUGUUACUCCAACAAAAAGAGUAUUAUUCUGGUCACAGUGUAAAAAUUUAUGUGUAAGCAAUAUUAUUCACUUUGGAUAGUUUAUGUUAUUUCCUUUUACAGAAAAAUCAAUUUUGUAUUUUAAUUCUUGUAGAGCAAUUUCAAGAGAGAAACAUGACUUCCAGACUUAGUUUUUGUCUGGUUUUCUGUUUCAUUUCAUGUUUUUUAUUAUUUUAUAACAAGUUGUCAAAUUUCAUUCAUGAUUCAGUGCUGUGUAGACUUAGCUUCCAUGUUUGAAGCAUUUAAGAAAAUUUUUGUCAAAGACUUGGUUCUAAGGUAAUAUUUGCCAUUUUUCUGAAGGAAAGACCUCUGUUAAGUAACUAAGAUGCAGACCUCUUCAGAAAUCAAACUCCGAGUAGUGGCUGCACAUUAUUUCAUGGGUGAAGGUAGAAACUGAAAGUUUUCUUUCUCAGGAAUAACUUUGUCACAGUAAUAUCUGACCUUUCUUUAGGAAUUAAAACUUUCUUUUGUUGUUUACAAUCAAAAUUAAGCAACUUUAAAGAUGCAAGUAUUUCUUUGAUCAAAGCAUAAUAAACACAGAAAAAUAGAGCAAAAAGCAGGCUCCUUUUUUCACAGCUGUGUUUUUGAAGCUGAGAAUCAGUAUAUCCCAAACAACUUUGCUAAGUGCCAACCAAUUUCCAUCACCUGAAAUUUAGCCAUGCAGAGUUUUUAUGCUAUUAUUCCUGUUACAGCUGUCAGGAUCACUUAUAAUUUAAUUUUCAAGUACAGGGGUGUAGCUAGCCUGAAGGCCCGGUCCUAAUAUUUUUCUCCACACACUACUUUAACAUCAUGACUCUGGCAAAUGUUGAAACAAAGAUGGAACUUUCAUAGGGGACUAGCCUAAAACAAUUCAAAAACAUGGCUACACCCCAGAGGUAGAUAUAAGAGCUGAAGGUUUGCAACUAAAUCACUGAAAAAUUGUGUGGGAUUAUUUUUUACUUCAUAAUAGAAACUUGCUCGUAGUUAUUAUUUUUUUUUACAAUUUUGAUCCCUGGAUGCAUUUUUUUUUUCUCCAAUUAAAAAAGAUACUUGGUUCUUUUUUAUCCUAUAAUUUUAGUUAACCCUUUAACUCCCAUGAGUGACCAAGACAGAAUUUCUCCUUACAUUAUCAAUACAAAAUCAAGAAGACAAGUGAUGAGAAUCAAGAAAAGUAUCAAUUAGGGGAUUAUUAGUAGAUCCAAUACCAAAUUCUCAGAAUUAACAUCUGAAGAAUUGUAUAGCAGACAGUAAGGAGAAAUACUAAUGAGAACUAGGGAGUUAAAGGGUUAAGAACCAAAAUUGUUCCCUUGCCUGCUAGCCAGAAUAAAUUUGGUUAAAUGCUUAAUUACUGAUAAGUGAAGGGUGAAAGAGGUGAUUUUCUCUAAUCUCAAUUCAUUAAGGCAAACAAGACACUUUCCGUCUCUUGUUAGUGUUGGUUAUGAGGCAGCAUACUGUCUUGAAGAGAAUGGGUUGUCACUAUUGAACCUGGCAACAGUCAAUAAACUGGUGAAAUAUAAAGAUG